GUCCCAACAAAAGUCUAAAACGGAACAGGCGUUGUACCUAUCUCCUCCCUGUUUUCUGUUUCAUUUUUUAGUCACCUAGCUAGAUCCACUCUGCUGACUUUCUUAGAAGCCAGUCUUAUUCAGCUCAACUCUAAUGGGAGCUAAAUCUCCUCAAACUUCUGCUCCACCAAGUUUAUGGUUUGCUAGUAAUCCAAGCAAAAGAUGGGGAGAAAUGUUUUUCCUUCUUUAUACUCCAUUUUGGUUGACUCUUUGUCUAGGUAUUGUUGUUCCUUACAAACUAUAUGAGAAAUUUACUGAAUUGGAGUACUUAGUUCUGGGACUUAUAUCAGCCGUUCCUUCUUUCUUGAUACCACUUCUUGUUGCUGGGAAGGCUGAUAGCAGCUUAUGUUUAAAGGAUCGAUACUGGGUGAAGGCCAGUCUCUGGAAUAUAAUCUUCAGUUAUGUUGGGAACUACUUUUGGACUCAUUACUUCUUCACUGUUUUGGGAGCUUCAUAUACCUUUCCUUCAUGGAAGAUGAACAACGUACCGCACACAACUUUCCUCCUCACUCACGUUUGCUUCCUGUUUUACCAUGUGGCGUCAAAUAUGACGCUUCGCCGACUACGACAUUCUAUUGCUGACCUACCAGACUCGAUUCGAUGGGUUACUGAGGGUGCUUGGAUUCUUGCUCUUUCUUAUUUCAUAGGAUAUCUCGAGACUGUAGCCAUCUCCAGUUUCCCAUACUAUGAUUUUGUUGACCGGGCGUCAAUGUACAAAGUGGGAUGCUUGUUUUACGCAAUUUAUUUCUUCGUGAGCUUUCCAAUGUUUUUGAGGAUUGAUGAGAAACCCAGUGAUAAGUGGGAUUUGCCUAGGGUGGCUGUUGAUGCGUUGGGUGCUGCGAUGCUCGUCACAAUUAUACUUGAUUUAUGGAGAAUCUUUCUAGGGCCCAUAAUCCCUGUUGCACAUACAAGACAGUGCAAUCAGCCAGGACUUGCAUGGUUUCCAUAACUUCCAAAAAGGUGCAAUGUUCAGUUAGGUGGUUGAUGUUGUAUUGAAUUGCUUCGUAGCUUUUAUCCUUUUUCAUUUUGUUGACUGGUGCUUUCCUUAGCCACAGAUGGCUAGUUUCAGUUGUCAAGUUAGUUCUGUCAUGAGUUCUUUUUUCUUUCGACAUUUCAAUUUUUUUUUUUUACUUGCAUCCAUUGAUUGAACCUGGUUACUGUUGUGACACAUCAAACAAUUUGAUAUCCAUAUAAUUGAAACCAAAGCUCCCCUGUAAGCUUUCUUCA